AUGCCGCCCAUCAUUCGUCGACCUCCGCUGUCCGAGCGCAUCAAGGCCUUCCUCAAUCCCUACGACCUUCUUCUCUGGAUCGCCGAGGAACUGCACGAAAGCGCCCUGGAUGAAGCUCUGCGCGACUGGGGAAUGCCCAUUGGCGUCACGGCAAACUUGGUUUUCGCAUGCGCUCGCUGGAGCCUGAAGAAGAAUCCGAACGACGACAUCUUUGGCGAGUUCGAGGCCAAGAGCGGCUGGUUCUACUGGUUUGUGCGUGCUUUCCCUUCUGUGCUCAGCUGCCUUCUCUGGCUGACUCUUCAGGUCUCGUUCGUUGCGCAUUUCCUCGCCUUCGCAUCGCUCUUCAACGCCUUCUACACCUUCACCCGCUCACGCAAGUACCGCCUCUUUGAAUCCUCGAUUGACCAAGCGCCGUCAACCCCUUCAGCUCGUCGAGUGCGCGUCGACUCGUCACCCUCCGCCUCGCCGCUCGCCUACUUCUCGUCCAUCAUCUCGUCCAACAAUGUCUUUUCGCGACGACACCCCGACCAGCACAACGAUGUAUGGGAGGUCAGCGUCUGGGACCCCAAGCCCUUCAACCUCGAACUCUUCGCUCUCUUCUCGCCCGGCCACGUCCUCGUCUACUGGCUGUUCCUCCCCACCAGCCCCGCCGAUCCUCGUCCCUCGGUCACCUUCGUCACCACAAUCCUCCUCGCUGCUCUGUUGAGCGUCCAGCUGCUGUUCUUCAAGAAGUUCUUCGUCCAGCAGGCAAAAGAUUCAACCCUGAUCCACAAAGAAGUCAUGAACGAGUACGACACCAAGUUUGUCCACCCCAACCUGAACGGUCCGGUACGCGAUGUCGGCACGCAGACAAGAGACACGGCCACGAGCCCUGGAGGAGCAAGGAUCAGGACGAGAGAGGUCGACGUCUACACACCACACACUGUCAUCAACAAGGGCUUCAAGGUCAAUCCCAACCCAGCCUACGCUAGUCACCUGACAGAUGAUCCCCGAGCUUUGUACGCCACCUCGCCGACUAAGAAUCUGCCGAGAAGCGCGACAACUCCUUCGCUGCAGCCGACGUUCGGAAGCUAUAGUACAGUUUCGUCGUUCAACACAAACACAAUGUCAUCGUUUGGCGCAACACACGAGCCGACAGAUGUCUUCAACACUCCGGGCAGGNCACGGCCGUUGGCACGCGAGCGAGCAACGAGUCCGAUGAAGAGAGCGGGAGAUGGAGGAAGCUUGGGAGUGUACAGUCAUGCUGCGAGUCCGUUGCGCAAGAGUGCGAGCCGACAAUUGCUGAGGCCAGAUGGCAGACCCCAAGGAAGUCCGCUGAAGAGGACGGUGAAUGAGGAGGGAGGAUUGACGGAGAGGUUUGCGAGGCUGAGCGACGCAAAACGCAGAGAUUCAUCAAGGUACUAG